GAUGUUAUAGAGCAGUGGGAGAAGUUGGAGAUGUAGAGCAGUGGGAGAAGUUGGAGAUGUUAUAGAGAACUGGGAGAAGUUGGAGAUGUUAUAGGGCAGUGGGAGAAGUUGGAGAUGUAGAGCAGUGGGAGAAGUUGGAGAUGUUAUAGAGAACUGGGAGAAGUUGGAGAUGUUAUAGGGCAGUGGGAGAAGUUGGAGAUGUAGAGCAGUGGGAGAAGUUGGAGAUGUUAUAGAGAACUGGGAGAAGUUGGAGAUGUUAUAGAGCAGUGGGAGAAGUUAGACAUGUUAUAGAGAAAGGGGAGAAGUUGGAGAUGUUAUAGGGCAGUGGGAGAAGUUGGAGACGUGUGGGAGAAGUUGGAGAUGUUAUAGAGAAGUGGGAGAAGUUGGAGAUGUUAUAGAGAAGUGGGAGAAGUUGGAGAUGUUAUAGAGCAGUGGGAGAAGUUGGAGAUGUGUGGGAGAAGUUGGAGAUGUUAUAGAGAAGUAGGAGAAGUUGGAGAUGUUAUAGAGCAGUGGGAGAGGUUGGAGAUGUUAUAGAGCAGUGGGAGAAGUUAGAAGUUGAAGAAAUCAGAGAAGUUAGAAGUCGAAGUUGGAGAAGUUUUCUAGUGUAGCGUCUCUUCCUGCUACACAGCGGGACGUUAUCUCCGCUCCUCCGAGUCUGUGGGUGGCGCUAUUGUUCAGUUCAGUCGCUUAAUACGCGAAGGAGAGACGAAUCUUUCCCCGCCAUCGAAACUCGUUUAGCCUAGCCUGUUUGUUUAUGUUUGUGUUGUAGUUUAAAAUGAGCAGUAAAGCUGAGGACCGUUAACUAAUCACAGCCUUACCGUCCUGUUUUUAUGCUUAAAGCGCGGUUAAACGCUGAUAGCCGUGCUAACUGUCAGCAGGUCAUUGUAGCAGCAUUAGCCCCGCUGGCCGUCAGCAGUAACGGAGCGAGAGUCCACUGUUUCAUUUAUUCGGGUUUGUUGUGGUCAGAAAUGCCCUGAAUGGCAGAAGGCAGUGAAUCAGCUGGAGCUGGGCUGCAGUCUGCUCUGGAGCGGCUCUGCUCCUCCAGGACCCUCCGCCUCAAACCCGAGACCCCCGUCUGUGUGGCUGUUAUUGGGCUUGACAGGUAUUUGUCUGAUGAGAGAGCGACAGACAGCUACAACUAUGACGUUACGAUAACCGACGGGACGUGGAGAGUGAAAUGUCACCUCAGCUCUGCUCUUCAUCGCCUGGUCCAGAGGAACGCGCUGCGCUGUGGCUCCUGUGUUUCAGUCACACAGCUCUCGUUUGUGUACGAUGAGAGGAGGUUCGGCCAAAGCUACGUGUGUUUAGAGGAGCUGGAAUGCGAAGCUGAGGAUGCUGGUAUUUUCUCCUCCAUUAAAACCCCGAAUGCCCUUCAGUGGUGGACGCGGGACGGGAUCAGAAACUCCAUGAUUUGGCAGGCAGAUGCUCCCCUGCAGAGCAGGAAACAUUACUUGUCAUUAUGGAAUAACGAAGAUCCUCACGGUGGAGUGUGGAUUCCCAAUACUCCUCCACCAGACACAGUGAUUGACGUGUCUAAAAUCUGUCUGCUGGGCGACCUCGACGUGUUCUUCGCGAGUUCCAGACGUCCUCUCCCUCUGCUGGUCAGAGUGCUGCACAGAUCCCGGUUACGGUACUACGGAAAACCUGGACAGAACAUAGACUUCCCGUUUCAGGCAUAUUUUGAGGUGGCGGAUCAGAGCGGGGUGAUGUCCAUGGUGCUGUGGAACGAUCUGUGUCCGGAGUGGUACCACAGACUGGUGGUGGGUUCAGUGGUGUAUCUGCAGCACUACUCGCUGAAGAAGAGCUACCAGAACCGCUCCAGACCCCAGAUCAGCUCGCUGCCCCUCCUCAUCUUCACCAACACAGAGAUCUGCUUGAACCCUCGGAAUCCUUCAGCCAUCAUCACUGUGAUUCCUCCUAAAAGUGUCCAGCCACAGUGGAGCUUACCUGACGUCACCUAUAACUUCUCUACCAGGCAUGAAAUAGAGAGUCUCAGCAAUAACCAGGCCUGUGAUGUCAUUGGACUGGUGACCUACGUCGGUCGUGUCGAACGAAUCAGAAACAAGGGAAAUUCCAUUCCUGAGAAAUUCUGGACGUACCGCUGGGUCCACGCUGUGGACGGCACCUCGGACUCCCCCUUUAUUCUGGAGAUUUUCGCCUCCUCGCAGCCGGACAUCUUCAACAACAUCUGUCCCAUGACGUACCUGGUGUGUACUCAGAUGAGAGUGUGCAGAGAGGCCAGCUGCUCCGUUUAUUUGACCAGCAGCGCUGAGACUCAGCUCUUCAUCACAGGCUGCCACAAGAAGCAGCCGUAUGUGUCCGACCCAAAAGUGAAGGCCUUCAUCCAGUGGACUAAGACCCUAAAGGACAGUGUUAUAUUGAGGAAGACUGCAGUGGGGGGGCAUUACUGUUAUCCUCCUCCCUCACCCACCUUCACACCACUCACCACCACUGCCAACAACACAGCCACUGCAGGUCAGGGAGCCUCUCUGUCGUUAAUGGCAGUAGCCGACCUGCAGGGGGAGAUAGAGAGUUUGCAGUAUCGAGAGCGCAGGAGGCUCGUUAUUCAGGGCCACAUCACUGCAGUGCGUUACCACCGCUGGCCACAGGAGGCGCUGCAGUCUGGAGAUAAUGCAGAACAGAACACACCACAGAGAAUCCAACAGUUGGAAAGUGGAUCAGCGGCUGUGUCUGGAGGAUCUGCUCCACCGUCUAGUACAGGCAGCAUGGAGCAGAGCGAGAUGCCCUCAGCAGCGCCCCCUAGUGACAGCACGUCUUCUCCCAAACGCAGGAGGAUUGAACAGGGAACGAAGGCACUGCAGAGGCAGUACUGGACCAGAGCGAAGGUGCAGUCAGAAAGACAGAUGAGGCUGGAGGAGGAGGAGGAGGAGGAGGAGAGGCCAUCUGUGGAAGAGGAGAGUGAAGAAGGAGGUUCAAACCAAACGACACGGACAGCACAGUCACCACAGACAACAGACAUCAGUGAGACAGGGAGCGUUCCUGACUCGCAACAAGCCAUUGUUCACCCCAGUGCGUCAUGGGUAAGCAGCGUGUGGCCGUUACUGAAACAGGAUGUGACGAGUCACGUAAGCUGCGGCCCUCUGGAUCCGGAGAGCAUUCCAGAAAGGUUCCGCUUUGAUGACCGAGAUGUGCUUCUUCAUAGGAUCAACCUCAGCCCUUCAAGAUGGACUCCAGAUGUUCCACUAAGCACAACCUCAGAGACACACACUCCUGUAGACUGUGCGGGAUACCUCACACUCACAGUGCUGGGGCUGAAUCAGCAGGCUGCAGUGGACGCUGUCUUCAUUCCUGUGUUUUCCCCUGAAGAUCCUCGAGGUGUGGGAAUGCCCACCCGUGUCCAUGACAAUACGCUGAUGUCAUGUCUUUCCUCAGGUCACAUGUGUGUGCAGGCCAAUGGCACACACCUUUCAGCAGAUGCCUUACUGAGCUCAGCCCCAGCUUUAGAAGAGGAGAGGCUGGUGUGCGUGUUGGAUGUGUGUCUGUUGGGUCAGAAAAGGGUCGAAAUCAUCUGCUCUAAAAUCUACAGGACGGCGGACGUCACUCCUGUGUAGUGCUUACACACACAGGGACAUUCAAUAAAUAUAUUUUUCGCUGCCACUUUGAAAUAAGACAAAAACGGUUUAAAUGGGUUUAUUCAUGGUUAUUAAUUAGGUAAUAAAGAUGUAGAAUUCAUUAAUAAGCACUUACAAUACAUAAAUAAAAAGGGCUGCUGUUUGUCUGAUAGUGAACCCCCAUUAAUUUAUACUGUUAAACCUCAGAUUUUGAAGUCAGCAUUAAACUCAUCAGCUUCAUCACAUAUUCAUAUUCAUCAGAAAUAACAGCUCAAUUUUGCCCUUUCAUUACUGUGUUUAUAAGUGUUUAUGACCUAACUAAUAACUUUAACAAGCUGAUUUUAAACCAUUAAAUGCUUUAUGAAGGUAGUAUUAUUUUAAAAUGGUACCUAUUUUUCUUUUCCUGAAAACAUUUAUUUCUUUCAAAGC